GCUUGAGCAAUGGCGACGACGAGUAAGCAGUACAAGGCCAUCGGCGAGGACCUCUGGAAGGGGCGCACCGAGAAGAUUAAUGCAGAACUGUUUGCUCUGACAUAUGGUGCACUGGUCGUGCAGCUUAUCCAAGAUUAUGAAGACUAUGACGAAGUGAACAAGCAGCUCGAGAAGAUGGGCUACAAUAUUGGCACGCGGCUCAUCGAGGACGUCCUCGCCAAGAGCAACCUUGGACGGUGCUCAGACUUUAGAGAGGUGGGAGAAGUAGUGGGCAAGGUCGCUUUCAAAUCCUUCCUCAAUAUCAGUCCUGCAGUCACUCAUGGACAGGCCCUAUCAGCUGCAACGUCACCAACGAAUGCCGCGACGCCGCAGCAAGCGACAAGCAGCACAUCCUUCACUCUUACUUUCGACGAAAACCCGCUGACAGAAUUUGUCGAGCUGCCAGAGGAGGCCCUGGAAGGUGGCCUUUGGUUCAGCAAUGUAUUGUGUGGAGUCAUCCGCGGUGCCCUGGAAAUGAUACAAAUGCAGGUGCAGGCAACCUUCACAUCAGACGUCUUGAGAGGAGAUGAGAGUACGGAGAUUCGCGUUACACUCGUGAAGUAUCUGGAAGAAGAGGUCCCUGUGGGAGACGACUAGUAUGACGGACUGUCCAGUGUAUAAUAUCGGACGUGAACAUUUUGAGAAGCCUUCGUCUAUAUGUGACGAUCCACCCUGUUGAGCCUCUUCGCGAUUUGAGCGUUCGUCCGAGUGCGCUGUCCACGGACGGGCAGGUGCGAGGCAUGCCGACGACCAACGUAGCUUCCAAUCAAACGCUGGUGUUGGAUGUUGUCUCUAAUCUCCCUCUUGAGUUCCACCUCAAUCUUGAGAUUGACGAGAGGGUUCUUGGACUCGGCCUGCGAGACCGAACGGGCGGGUGCAGGCGCAGGCAGUGAAGGCUUCGCAAGACUAGGUGCCCUGAAUUUAGCAGACGCAAGGGGGAGACACUGUGCCUGCGGAUAGGUCGAAGGAGACGACAGGAAAGCCGUUAAGGCUGUCUGCUGCUGCUGGGUGAUAUCCCGAACCUUGCAACGGUCAUGAAUCUGCAUGCGCGCGCAAAUGCGGUGGGCAAUCUUGGGACCAAUACCAAAGAAAUUUUGCAGGGCAUGCCUGGCCAGGUGGCUCUCUGGCAGUAAUAUACCCAGGAUAUGCAUGGUUGGUCG